AUGAAGUAUAAAAGACAGUACUAAGUGUAUGAAUGUCAUAUAGAUUCCCACCCACCUGAAAGCAUGAGGGUGCUAUUAGUGGUUCUGGUUUAUAUUCCAUUCAUCUUAGCUAUAGAAAGGAUCCCUUUAGGUCGAUUUAAAUCCAUCAGGAGGCAGCUUCGAGAAAAGGGAGAACUGGAGGAAUUUUGGAAAAAUCAUCAGCCUGACAUUUUUGCUCGGAGAUAUCUGCAUUGUUUCCCUUCAGAUAUUUUUCUACAAGCUGGAUCUGCUUCAGAAAGGCUAUAUGAUUACAUGAAUGCCCAGUACUACGGGGUGAUAAGUGUUGGCACCCCACCUCAGAAAUUCACAGUGGUGUUCGACACAGGAUCAUCCAAUUUUUGGGUCCCUUCAGCUUAUUGCAUCAGCGAAGCCUGCAAGAUGCAUGAAAAAUUCAAAUCAUUUCUAUCAAACUCCUAUCAGCAUGGAGGGCAGACCUUUGCUCUACAGUAUGGUACUGGACAGCUUCUAGGCAUUGCUGGCAAAGACACAUUACGGAUCAGCAACAUUUCCAUCCAGGGGCAGGACUUUGGAGAGUCUAUCUUUGAGCCCGGCAUGACUUUUGCUCUUGCACACUUUGAUGGUGUGCUGGGUUUAGGAUACCCUUCUCUAGCAGUUGGCAGUGCUCUUCCAGUAUUUGACAGCAUAAUCAACCAACAUCUGGUAGAGGAGCCAGUGUUUUCCUUCCACUUGAACAGAGGAGAAGACAUUGAAAAUGGUGGUGAAUUGAUACUGGGGGGUAUAGACCAUUCCCUUUACAAAGGUUCAGUUCACUGGGUUCCAGUUACUGAGAAAAGCUACUGGCAAAUUCAUGUUAACAACAUAAAAAUCCAGGGACGGGUUGCGCUUUGCUUCCAUGGUUGUGAAGCCAUUGUUGAUUCAGGCACUUCUCUUAUUACCGGCCCCUCUUUACAAAUAAGACAACUACAGGAGCAUAUCGGGGCCAGUCCAACACAAACUGGAGAGUUUGUUGUAGACUGCAGGAGACUGUCAAGCCUGCCACAUAUAAGUUUCACCAUUGGACACAGAGAAUACACGUUAACAGGAAAAGAGUAUAUAAUAAAGGAAACCAUAGAAGAAAAAACCGUGUGCAUCAGUGGCUUUCAGUCUCUGGAUAUUACCACUCAUUCUGGCCAGCUGUGGAUUUUAGGAGAUGUAUUCAUGUCAGCGUUUUACUGUAUUUUUGACCGUGGAAAUGAUAGAGUGGGAUUUGCAAAAACCUCUCGCAGAAGGGAGCAUUCCUGAGGCCCUAAUGGUAUCAGUUCUGCCUUAAACACAUGUUAUUACAGGGAUAUGAGAUGAGCCUGAACUAAAACCCUGGAUCUGAAUAUUGCUCCCAAAAAUUUUCACAUGGGUUUAGGGUGGGUUUGAAAUUGAAUUCUGAAUGCAAAGUUUGUAGCUAGGUUCCAUUUCUAUACAUUUGCAAUAGACACAUUUAUUUCUAAAUCAGCGAUUGAGAGACCAAAAGCCCUAGGAAGGACGGUGUCAAAAAACUUAAUAAAUGCCUGUACAACAACUUGCCUGUAGGACUUGCAUUGGGGUGGGAGGGAAAAUGUGCUUGGGAGAAGACUGCUGAAUAAUGCAAAGAUGAUUGUGUAUCAAUUGCAGUUAUGGGAACCUAAUCUGGCUAGUGUUGGGUAUUUCUCUUCCCUUGCUUGUCAGUUUCAGCCUUCUAUUUCCUGACUAAAUAUUUUCUUUUUAUCAUUUAAAUAUUGCUUUUAUUUUUCUCAUUAUUUGCUGGGGUGUGUUCCACCCUUUCUCCCUCUGUCCUUUAUAGAUGCUCUUUAUGUGCAGCAAGCCUCAAUCCCGGUUCUUUUUACUACCAUUGCUUAAAUGUGAUUUCCUUCUCCUACUUAUUCUCUAUGACUUGUCUUUUUCCUCAGGCACAUGCUCUUUUUCUACACUUUCUUGCUGGAACUAGGGGUGCAGCACCCCCUGGCUUGAAGUGGUUUCCAUCACAUACAGGGUUUACAAUUUGGUUCAAUGGCUCUCAGCACCUCCACUAUACAAAUUGUUCCAGCACCCCUGACAGUCAGAUGCUGUCUUUAGUGCCUGACAUCUCCACACUUUGAUGGAUUGAAACAGCUGGGAUUGGCAUCCACUUGCAUGGCAAGAAAUUGGACAGUGAAACUUGUAUUGCACAAUCUCUGCAAAGAGAGAGACUGUUAUGUGGGAAUGACACCGUAGCAUCACCUUGUUCCAUGACAGAUACAAAAAUAGGACCCCAAUGUAGACCUGUGCUGUUCCUCAUUUUGAGAGAUAUCAUUAGCAGCAGUUUUGACUGAGAUGCAAAAUAGUUCCGAGCCACGGGGAGCCAAGCUGUCCUCUGUUGUGUAAUUGAUUGAACAAUAAUGAAUUCAUCUGAUUUAUACCUAUUUGAAUAUUCAUCUUGCUUGUUAGGUCUGAUUCUAACUAGUAACAUACAAAUGAAUAAAAUUUGA